AUCAAAUCGAAGAAGAUGCGGAAAUCUUCCAAAGCCGUUCCUCCUACUACUAUCGUAGCUAGAGCCACAAUGAGACAAUGAGCGAUGACAGUGACUAUGUGAUUGACGGAGAUGACGGCAACACCUUUACGGAAACAACCUACAGCUCCUACGGUGGACGCCUCUGUAACUCCCUCAAGGGCUUGUGCCUCGGACCGCUCUUGAUCCUGCUGUCGGUGGUUCUCUUGAUUUGGAACGAAGGCAAUGCCGUCACGUCUCACCGUGCCUUUGCCAAAGCCAGUCGGCUGGUAGUAGAGCUAGAUGGCAGCAGCAGCAGCAGCAGCAAUGAGGACAUGUUGGUACAUACCAGUGGCACUGCGGAGACACAAGAUCAACUGGUCGAUCAAGACUUUGGAGUGGUGCCGACCUCGAAUGUACUCAAGCUGCAGCGACAGGUGGAGCAAUUCCAAUGGGUCGAACACCAAGAGACGCAUACACGGAAACAUCACGGAGGAUCUUCCACAAGACACACCACCUAUCGCUAUUACCAAGAAUGGAGAGACUAUCCCGUGGAUUCCGGCAUGUUUCAUUCUUCCAGUAGCCAUGAGAAUCCUGGCUACUUUGAGUAUCAAAGUCAAGACUAUGUGGCAGAUCCGGUCACGCUUCUUGUGGGAGAACAACAACAACAAUACACGCUCUCCUCCAGUGUCCUUGACAAAAUCAACUGGUUUACUACAGUCUCUGAAUCGUCUUUGAGUGUCGAUAAUAUCCAGGUGGAGGAUGCCAAAGAAACAGCACAAGUCAUUUCGGGUGGCUACUACAUUCCCAGCAAUCAAAAUUAUGACUCUGCAUCGUACUCUUCUCCUUCUAUUGGAGAUUAUCGGAUUACCUUUUCAGAAAUACAACCCCAGACAAUUUCCAUAGUUGCCAAGCAAGAAGAUGAUGAGACCCUUUCCGAAUACUUUAUCAAUGAAAGAACGAUCCUGUUGGUGGAACAAGGCAGCGUCUCGGCCGCCGAAAUGUUUCGCCACGCCCAAGCCAGCGUCACUCUACAGGCAUGGAUCAUUCGGUCACUAGGGAUGUCUCUCAUGUUUUUUGGAUUUCUCCUGGGAUCCUCUUGGAUUUCUACCCUGGCGGAUGUAUUUCCACCGCUGGGAGACUUUGUGGGAACCACCAUGGCCUGUGCCAGUUUCAUCGUUGCUCUGGGACUCUCCUCGACUAUUAUUGCCUUGUCAUGGAUUGCCUACAGGCCUCUCUAUGCCAUUCCCAUUCUACUAGGCGUGAUUGCGAUGGCUGGUAUAGUGAUUGUGCGUCGGCGAAAAGCAAAACAACAAUACGAAAAUGGGACUACCGCAACCGUCUUUCCCCCUCUCACCGUCCUGGGAACUGCAUCGGCACCCACAACCAGUGCCCCAUUCGGCAAACCCUCAGAACAACUUCCGAUUGUGCAUGGUGAACCAGUAUGAACAAGAACAUCACAAGGCUGCAAAGAUGACCAAGAUCCAUCGUUCCCAACAAGCACAAAGCAAGAGGUCUCAAAAAGAUUGGUUCUUGCUUCUGUUAAAAGCCAUUUGUCCUCCUCGAGCAGCUACAUCGUACCGUACCAAUAGCGCUGCCAUGGCUCCAAGCUCAAUACAUCUCUGGAACAAUUCGAAUGAAGAUAUCCUUCAAAAUGCCUGCCAGAUACCCGCUAAAAUGGUCGCUUCAGAUAGAACAAUGCAAUCUAAUCUAAUUACAAUAACAUGUAUUCAAUACUUUGAGAUCAAGUGCUCAAAAUAAACAUUCAAGUGGCCUCAGCAUCCUAGACUCGAAUC